AAGCCCACAGAUUCGGCCGCCAGACACUCACCGAGUCACCGUCGGGUCAGAAACCGACGGCCAGGAUCGCCCCGCAAUCCGCUGCCCGUCUCCCUCCCAAAACUUUUUUCUUUUCUUUUUCUGUAAAUUCUUUUCCUAAAUUUGUUUAUUUGUUUUUUGGCUUCGCGUUGCCACCUCUCUUCUCUUCUUCCUCGCCACCACUUCUUCUGCGGUCGGUUCUUCAAUUUCAAUUCCCAUCCCAUUCCUCCUCCGGGGGAAGCCCCUCGAUUCCGGCGACGACGGCGGCGGCGAGCAGCAGGCGCGGCGCGCGCGGCGCGAUGUGCGGGAACGACAACUGGAUCAACAGCUACCUGGACGCCAUCCUCGACGCGGGGAAGGGCAGCGGCGGCGGAGGAGGCGGGGGCGGGGGAGGAGGCGGGGGCGGGGAGCUUCGGCCCUCGCUCCUCCUCCGCGAGCGCGGCCACUUCUCCCCGGCCCGGUACUUCGUCGAGGAGGUCAUCACCGGCUACGACGAGACCGACCUCUACAAGACAUGGUCCCGCGCGAACGCGAUGCGGAGCCCGCAGGAGAGGAACACGCGGCUGGAGAACAUGACAUGGAGGAUCUGGAACCUCGCCAGGAAGAAGAAGGAGUUUACCAAAUGCUGCUUCAUAAAGUGGUGCAAUUUCAAAGUUGAGGAAGCCAACCGCUUGUUAAAACGCCGCCUAGAGACAGAGAAGCCACGGAAUGAUGCUACUGCAGAAAUGUCUGAAGAUCUCUUUGAAGGAGAAAAGGGAGAGGAUGCUGGUGAUGCAUCUGUUGCCUAUGGUGACAGCUCGACUGGGAACACACCUAAGAUCAGUGCUGUUGACAAGCUAUACAUAGUGUUGAUCAGCCUUCAUGGCCUGGUCCGUGGUGAGAACAUGGAGCUUGGCCGUGAUUCAGAUACUAGUGGACAGGUCAAAUAUGUUGUGGAACUUGCUAAAGCAUUGAGUUCAUGUCCUGGAGUGUACCGGGUUGAUCUGUUGACAAGGCAAAUCUUAGCACCGAAUUAUGAUCGUGGAUAUGGUGAACCAUCAGAGACACUAGUACCAACAAGCUCCAAGAAUCUUAAACAUGAAAGAAGAGAGAACAGUGGUGCAUAUAUCAUCAGAAUACCAUUUGGGCCGAAAGACAAGUAUCUAGCUAAAGAACAUCUCUGGCCUUACAUUCAAGAAUUUGUUGAUGGCGCACUCAGUCAUAUAGUGCAUAUGUCGAAAAUCAUAGGCGAAGAAAUCGGAUGUGGGCAUCCAGUGUGGCCUGCUGUGAUUCAUGGCCAUUAUGCCAGUGCAGGAGUUGCUGCCGCUCUACUAUCUGGAGCACUUAACGUUCACAUGGUAUUUACUGGGCAUUUUCUUGGGAAAGAUAAGUUGGAAGGGCUUCUCAAGCAAGGGAGGCAGACGAGGGAAGAAAUAAAUAUGACAUACAAAAUAAUGCGCCGAAUUGAGGCAGAGGAAUUGUCUCUUGAUGCUUCUGAGAUCGUUAUUGCAAGCACUAGGCAAGAGAUAGAAGAGCAAUGGCACCUGUAUGAUGGGUUUGAGGUCAUGCUUGCAAGGAAACUUCGUGCGAGAGUCAAGCGUGGUGCUAAUUGCUACGGCCGUUACAUGCCUCGUAUGGUUGUGAGUAUACAUUGUUACUCUGAUUCUUACUUUUGUUACCAUAAACUGAUAAUCCCUCCAGGUGUUGAAUUUGGCCAUAUGAUUCAAGAUUUUGAUAUGGAUGGCGAGGAAGUUAGCCCGUCCCCAGCCUCUGAAGAUCCACCUAUUUGGUCUGAGAUAAUGAGGUUCUUUACGAAUCCUAGGAAACCGUUGAUUCUGGCUGUUGCUCGUCCUUAUCCUGAAAAGAAUAUUACAACACUUGUCAAGGCGUUUGGUGAAUGCCGACCAUUGAGGGAGCUCGCUAACCUAACACUGAUAAUGGGUAACCGUGAGGCUAUUUCCAAAAUGCAUAAUAUGAGUGCAGCUGUUUUGACAUCAGUACUUACAUUGAUUGAUGAAUAUGAUCUGUAUGGUCAAGUGGCAUACCCAAAGCAUCACAAACACUCGGAAGUUCUUGAUAUUUAUCGUUUAGCAGCAAGAACGAAGGGUGCUUUUGUAAAUGUAGCUUACUUUGAACAAUUCGGUGUCACCUUGAUAGAGGCUGCCAUGCAUGGCUUACCAGUAAUUGCAACAAAAAAUGGAGCUCCUGUUGAAAUUCACCAGGUACUGGACAACGGUCUCCUUGUUGAUCCCCAUGAUCAGCAUGCAAUUGCAGAUGCACUCUAUAAACUUCUUUCUGAAAAACAACUUUGGUCAAGAUGCCGAGAGAAUGGGCUGAAAAAUAUACAUCAGUUUUCUUGGCCUGAACAUUGCAAGAAUUACUUGUCAAGGAUAUUAACUCUUAGCCCAAGAUACCCUGCUUUUGCGAGCAGUGAAGACCAGAUUAAGGCACCUAUCAAGGGAAGGAAGUAUAUCAUUGUCAUUGCUGUAGACUCUGCCAGUAAGAACGAUCUGGUCUGUAUUAUCAGAAAUUCUAUCGAGGCUACACGUACAGAAACUUUGUCAGGUUCAACGGGUUUCGUGUUGUCGACUUCCCUGACGAUGGCAGAGAUCCAUUCUCUAUUAAUAUCAGGAGGCAUGGUUCCUACUGAUUUUGAUGCGUUCAUAUGCAAUAGUGGGAGUGAUUUAUUUUACCCUUCACAAGCUGGUGAUUCACCAAGCACUUCCCGUGUGACAUUUGCCUUAGACCGUAAUUACCAGUCCCAUAUCGAGUAUCAUUGGGGAGGAGAAGGUUUAAGAAAGUAUCUAGUGAAGUGGGCUUCUUCAGUAGUAGAAAGAAGGGGAAGAAUGGAAAAGCAAGUUAUCUUUGAAGAUGCAGAACACUCCUCGACAUGUUGCCUUGCAUUUAGAGUGGUCAAUCCAAAUUAUUUACCUCCUUUAAAGGAGCUGCAAAAGUUGAUGAGAGUCCAGUCACUACGCUGCCAUGCCCUUUAUAACCAUAGUGCUACCAGGCUAUCCGUAAUUCCAAUUCAUGCAUCACGGUCUCAGGCUCUAAGGUACUUAUCUGUUCGUUGGGGCAUAGAGUUGCCAAAUGUUGCAAUUCUUGUUGGUGAAACUGGUGAUUCAGAUUAUGAAGAACUAUUUGGAGGUCUGCACAAGACAGUCGUCCUGAAGGGCGAAUUCAAUACUCCUGCAAAUAGAAUCCAUAACGUCAGACGGUAUCCUUUGCAAGAUGUUAUUGCACUUGAUUGCUCAAACAUCAUUGGAGUUGAGGGUUGCAGCACUGAUGACAUGAUGUCUACUCUGAAAAAGAUUGGUAUACCGACAAAGUGACACCGAUAGACAUAUACUUUAUUAUUAUACGAAAAAGUGAACAAUACAAAGAUAGCAAUUGAAUACUAUCAUUUCCAUACUCGAUGGAAAUGUCGAUUUUGCCGGCAAGUCUGUAGUAUAUAUGUGUGGUCCUCACUUGAGCUGUGAAUAACAUUCCAAACCCCAUUUCAGUUGAGACCUGUUAUAUGGAAAUUUUGGUAUGAACCAUGAUUCCAGUACAGAAGAAACAGAGCGGUCAAUUUAUUGUCAAUAAACAUUUUAAUGAAACACUAGUUUAGCAUAAAAUCUUCCAAUAAAUACUACCGAAGCUGACCAAGGUUCUUGUUGUAUAUACCUAGGGAGAAUACUGUGAGUAGUUUACUGUUAUACAGAAAAGUAAAACAUAUAAAUGCCUUUGCAACCCUCCCUGCUCUUUUUUACUUUAGGAUGUCAGCCUUGUGAUUGUGUAAGAUCUCUUUCAUUCCAGUACAUACAAAAAUUCUGAUGAGGUAAAGCUGAUGAAGCUUUGUUGUUUCUUCCUUGGAUCUGUAAAGUUAUGAUUGAUCUGUAAGGACAUUCAUUAAUUACCUCUUUCCGUUUC